GGAGGAGGAGUGUAGCCGCCUCUGCUGACUUCUCCACAGCGAGGGGACUCCGAGAAUAAACAAUUCCCACAGACUGCACGCCGCACACCACAGCUCGGUCAUUGUCGCACCAAAAAAAAAAAACCCGAGGCAUUUUCGGACUAAAUUUUUUUUUUAUUCCUCCAGCCACUGUGACCAUCUCCGUUUUCUGCCGAAACUGUCAAGCCAGAUGCGACCUUUUUUCACUGGAUUUGCCUCCUCCUGUCGAAUAAUAACGAUGCGCCUCUCCGAUUGACUGUGGGGUGGUCAACGCAGGUAAUGUGGCUGGAGUGCAGCUGGGGCUAAGUGAAAAUGCCACUCAUUCCCGAAGAGUCCCUGGCCUCGUCAAGGUCCCCCCUGUGAGAUCAGGAAAGCUUAAAGGCGCCACUGAGAGAACCACAGCCAGGCCUAAGGACAGACAUCCUAAACAUCCACAGCCACGGAAUGUGUCAACAUCUCUGUGGUGAAAUCCCACUGACUCCUCGCUCACUGUUCACAUAAGCCUGGAGCUGGGCCUUCUGGGAUCAUCUGGUGUUCAAGGGCAUACAAGAAUGCCAGGGAGGCCCACCUGCCCCAAAAUGACUCCAACAAUGGAUGCAGUUUCCCUGCUCUGCUGAUUGUGCCCAGAACAGAGAGGGAUCACAUCUAUCCAGUGUAUCCUUCACCCCCUACAGACUCACUCUGUCCAACAGCCUGCCUUCUUUUUGAUAUUUUGGAAAUACAUGACAUCGACAACCAGAUGACCCAGUGGACAUUUGUUUCCCAGUAGCAGUGCUGAACUAUACGAGGGGAUCCUAGUAUUGAACAUGACUCAUGGGGAGGAGCCUGGCCCUGAGACACACAAGGAUUCAGCUGUUCUAACUUAUCUGGAAGGUUUACUGAUGCAUCCAGUGGUGGCCGGGCCUGGGGCCACGGCAAGCAGGAGGUCCGAGGCUGCCCACAGCAACCAGGAGCAAGCCGACAAGGCGGGUGGGCCCUUCCAGCUGCCUAACCACGGCCCUACAGCUCCCAAAGUUGGAACCAACGGGCCUUCGCUGGGUGCCUCUCAGCACCUGAAGAAGGCCCGCUUGCUGCGCUCUGGGGCUUGGAAUGAACCGGGGACUCAGCGGAUGAGUUCACCCCCAGUGGAGCUGAAUGGCCAAGGGGGAGGGCUGCAGAAUGGAGCCCUAGAGAGCUCUCCUCAUGCUGGGGAGAGCACUCUACUGGCUUCCUUGCUCCAGUCCUUCAGUUCACGGCUGCAGAGUGUGGCUAUGUCACAGCAGUCCACCAAACCUCCAAGCGAGUGCUCCCCUCCAUCCAAGGCCCCACCUGCAGACAAAGAGCCACUUCCUGUGUACGGGACAGCAUCCAGCCGCUUGAAGGGCCUGAUGAGGAAGAGCAAACUGCAGAAUCACAGCAACACGCCUUACAGCCGCCGGGGACACAACCAAGACAGACCUCCAGAAUCACCUCGCUCAGCACACAGUGCAACACCUCCCUCUGCUCCCACAGCUACAGACUCGGUGUCCUGCGCUGAGCGACUGAAGGCUGUGGCCAAUAUGGUGAAAAUCCGCUCUAGCCCAGCACCCUCUCCCAAACCCAGUGUGGCCUGCAGUCAGCUGGCCCUGCUGCUGUCCAGUGAAGCCCACCUUCAGCAGUACUCCCGGGAGCAUGCACUCAAAGCCCAGCUCUCCGGACGCUCUGCCAGCGAACGACUGGCCGCCAUGGCAACCCAGCAGCAGGGCCAGGACAAAAGGCCACCCAGUGUGGGAGAGGCUCUGCCUGGAGCCUCAGACACGUUAAGCUCCUUAACCACCCAAAAUGGAAUGACAGCUACAACCACAGUAACAACAACACUCCCCCGAAUGGCUCUGUCCAGCCCACAGAGCCCUUCCCUGCUGCGUGGCCACAGCCAGAGCUCUUCUCCCCCUCCCCCCCAUGCUCCAAGCCACACCCAGAGCCAACCACCGAGGGAGAAGCGAGGUUUUGACUCACGUCCGACACGCCCCCCCCAGACCUGCAGUAGUUUGCUCCUGCUUCUCCUUAAUAACCACAACAACCAAAAGCAGCUGACCAAGAAUGGGCACCUGGAGGACAGUUGUGGCAUUUUGCCUCCGAGCGGCUCCUCUUCGGUAACGUCAGACAGUGAAUGCUCCACCCAGGAGAGGAGCUUGGCAAAGGACAACAGUGAUGCAGAAAGUUCCUACUCAAGCUGCUCUCCCAUUGACCUCUCAAUGAGGAACCGGGCCACUACCAAAGAUGCUGGGCCCAAAACCACCACCUCCUCCUCCUCUUCCUCCACCACUGUGUUUUCCUCUGCUCCAGCUGCAUUUUCCCCACCCUCCUCUGCUCAACCCUCCACCACAACCCUUUCUCCCUCCUCUACUGUUGUCUCCACUGUCUCCACUCCUUUUUCUUCCUCUUCCUCCUCCUCUUUCUCUACCUCCUCUUUGGACAAACUGACUGAAUCAUUGAUAAACAAGUGGAAGCCAGAGCAGUCUGGAUCCAAGCUCUCCAAGGGCAAGGAACUUGAAAUGAGUUCAGACCUAAAAUCCCAUCCUAAGGUCACGCUCAUGCAGCUCCUUCUUGAGCGCAGAAAUAACGAGAAGAUAAACAAAAGUGUAAGUAAUCCAGAUUUGCCACUUGACAUAACCAUGGCCACCAUGUCUCGGGGCCAACAGAAAGGACUGGUGCCCUGGGAUGACACCAGGACGAAGAGCCCUAUGGACAGGCCUGGACCCACACCCCAGACACUCUACUCCCUCAGUCGAGACCCAAGCAGUGCACUGUCACCCUACUCCUACCCCUCUCCCAGUGUCCAGUCAAGCCCACUGGAUUUGUGUAAGUCUAAAGCCUUCCCUGCUGAGAAGGCAUCUGAGCCUGCCUUCAGUGCCAGUAAACUGUUACAGAACCUGGCCCAAUGUGGCACAGCUUCACCCUCCCCUCCCAUUCCCCCCAAUAAAGGGCUGGGCCAGGAGAUGGAAGUGGGCAGACCCCUGGCACUGUUGGAGAGGCUAAAUGCACCCAUCCACAGGACCACCACCACUCCCCUUUCUGAUGGGCCCUCAGGCAGUGGCACACCGUUUAGCCGAAAAGAUGCCUCACCCCCUUCUUCCCAGAUUGAGAACCUCCUUGAGAGGCGCACAGUGCUGCAGCUUCUGCUAGGAACAGGCACGGCUGCUACAACUAUCAGCCGCAAAGACAGGCCAGCUGGGAGUGGUAGGAGGAGUGUGGAAGUGGCAGGUGGGUGCUCUGAGAAGAGCCCUGGCAGCUCCGUCAUUUGUGACAGCUCCAAUGGACCUUCUUUGGACGUAAAAGUCAAAACAGAGCUCAUGGAGGAGGUGGCGCCAUCCUCGGCUGCAUCCGAGGAUUUGAGCAGCAGAAAGAGACGGAGUGGUUAUGACAAGACCAGCCCCUUCUCAGAGCCCCAGCAGGACUUAAAAACAGAACCACGGCCUGCAGAGGUCAUAGCAAAAUAUGGCCUCCUCAGUCAGCUUCUAAAACAACAGACUGCUACCUAUUACACCAGUGCUGCUGUGCAGGCUGAGUCACAGCCUAGACAGGUUAAAGAGGAACAGAGGGAGUACCCAAGUCCCAGCCCCAAAAAGAGACGCCUCUGCUCUGAUCGAACUGACAGCCUCAACAAUGUCAGCUCUCCAAGGGCAGUUGACAGUGGAGACAGCAGCCGCCUUGCUUCAUCUGCACUUCAUGAAGAGUCUGACCAACGGAGGAGUCCCAAAGAGGAGGAAGCUCCACCCAGGAGCCCCCCAAGUGAAUCCCUCAGCAGAGAGAGUCGGGGCUUCAAUGUGCUCAAACAGCUUCUUCUGUCCGACAACUGCCUGAAAGAGCUGUCCCAGCAGCCCCGGGGGGCACCGAGCCCCUCAGUCCUGCAGGCCAACGGCAAGGCCAACGGCAGUAUUCUCAGUCAGCCAACCCACAAUCACAGCUUCCUCCACCUGCCCUGGCACCCCCAUAGCUCCAUCAGCUCAGGGCUCCCCAGUAAUCUCAGACCCCUACCCACAUCUCCAGUAGGUGACGGCCCCCUCCGUUCCCCCUGGGGCCGCCACCCAGCCCCAUGGCCAGUCGCUCAAAAACGGGACCCCCCCACUCUGGUUAAACAGGAGCCAGAGAGCCCUGUGCGAUGGACUGGUCAGGAGGAGGAGGAGGAGGGCUGUGACUCCAAUCCCGACUCUCCACGGCUGACACGCUCCAACCCCAUCCUGUAUUACAUGUUGCAGAAGGGCAGCGCUCAGCUGAGGAGAGAGUUGAGGGAGCAGGCAGAAGGAACCCAGCCUGUGGUCCGAGUUAAGGAGGAGCCAAUUAGUGACAUGCAUGCCUAUGAACACAGACUGAGCUCCACCCCACAAUCACCAACUCACAAUGACAAGCACAGCCACGAGAGCCAGGGGCUGAGCCAAUCAUCUGAAUAGAAAUUUUAUCAGCCACAAAAAAGACAAGGGGGGAAAAGAUUACACUGACUCUUUUUUCUUUUUUACUGACUUGCCAAAUUGGUUUGAAGUUUGAUGAGACAAAAUAACAUUAAGAAUGCAAAAAUGUAGAUUUUUUUUUUUUUUUCAGGGGAAUGGAGCAAGUUCAAGUUCAAAGGCAUAUUUUCAUUGCCUUCUCAAUUUUAAAUCAUGAGAUUAUUGAAUGGUACAGAGUAGCUCUAUCUUUGCAGAAUGUGUAAUUGAUGAAACCAAAAUUUUAAGUAACUGUUAAAUUUAACUUUACCCACUACUGAUAAUCAUGCAGUAUGUAUUUCAUUCUCUUAACUGCAAAGUCCUCCUUUAGAAUUUGGUCUUGUUUUACUCUUUGGCUUUGGAUCUGAAGUGUACACAUAUCACUACUCUGCAUCCUCUUUGUUGCCUGCCAUAAAACAUUUAGAAAGAACAUUUCAAGCAACAUUUAUUAUUGAUGACUCCAAAAAUGUUAGUGCUCAGUUCAGUGGACAUUUAUUUAUUUUCUCCAUCAGAACAUUUUCAGAUAGACAGAGUCCCAUCAAUUUUAGAUCAGAUUCCAAAUAAAGUCAUUCUAGGGCAGGCACAGCAGUCUAUUACAAAAAUGUACAAGAGAGCGACAUUCAAAGGAGGACCUUGAAAACAAUAUUCACACUGCAGUAGCUUCAGAGGGGAUCCUACUGUGAUGAACACUUUCUCUCAUUGCAUUUCCUCAAGAAUCAUGGUGUGGCUUAAUUACCAGUGGGUGACAGUACAACAACAGAAGUUUUGAAUGGUCACAAUUCAUUGUAUUUUUACUUUUAUCUGAAUUGAACUUGUUAGGCUUGAAUUUGACAGUGCAAAGUCAGAGUAAUAUUUUUCAGACUAUGAAGUUUUCAGCAGAUGGGUCAACAAAGCGUCUGCAGUGCAUACAGUUUAGCAACUGUGUGUAAACAGGUUUCUAGACCAACAGUUAAAAGACUGCAGUAUUCGCAGGAACUGUUAUCUUUCCAUCUUGGGUAAACCGGCACCAUUUCUCCUCAUGCACACAGGCUUUGAGUGUGAAGCACAUAGCAUGUCUAUUUUCAGUUUGUAUAACCUACCCAGACUUUGCACUUUCAAAUUUGAGUCCUCGGUGUCCUUUUAAGAAUAAGUUAAUGGCAUGUAAUGAAAAAUGUCAGUAUUGUUAUCUGUUGAGAAUUUGACAGUUUGUGAAUUUUUUUAAAUCAUUAUUUCUUGACUCUUGUGCUUUAUGGACACCUUUUUAUUUUGGUGACAGUCUCUUAACUCAUAAAAUGUCAAAAGAAUUGCAUGAAAAUAAAGAGAAAACCACAGGUACAAUUUUUUUCAAAGCAGCUGGAUAUGUGUACCGGCCCCCCAAUAAUCCAGACAUUUUUGGUGUCUUGAGGGAUAUCUGGUAUCUAGCUCCUUAUUUUGAUUGUACUGUAUUCUUUUCGGUAUCAGUUUUAGUUUCGCACACUGCGUUAUCCAUUUAGUCUUGUGAUCUUUUUAAUACAUAUACCUAUGAAGUACGUUUCUUCUAUUAUUAAUACAUUUUCACAAUGGUUAAAUAUAUUUGUGUAAAUAGUACUUUCAUUAUGAAAGAUGACUAUUUUGUAUUGUUGAAGAAAAAGAUAUUACCCUAGUUUUUAAUGCCCUGAUAUGUAAAUAUGAAUUAUAUGCGUACUAGUGUACAUACAAAGGCAGAGGAUGCUAUGCCCAUCUUUUUUGGUUGGUUUGUUCUUUGCAUGUGUCUCUAUGUGGUAAAUGAUAAUCUAUCCUGCGCUGUGUUGUGUAAUAAUGUCUGACUCUCCUCACUGCUGCCUGUUGCAUGCAGACGCAUGGGAACUACCUGUGUAUCCCUACUGGUGAUGGGGGAAAAUGUCAAGUCUUAAAAUAGGUCUUUUUUUUAUCACAGAGAGAGGUUCGUUUAGAAUAUGAACAGUCCCUAAAUAACCACAGACUGAUGAGCAAGUUGAUAAAAAUGUGUGAAAAUAAACGUGCAUUGAAUAUUUUUGUGAUUUUCUUUUCUGUUACUGGUUAACAAAGCUCUGUGAAAGAGCUCGGGGCUAUAGUGGAGGAUUGACGUACAAUCAUAGACCUGCAUUGUGCAUCUGAGAAAUACAUUUGUAGCAACAAAUAUAUAUAUAUUAAAAAAAAAAAGAUGUUUCAUUUUUCCAUGUGAAGACCUGAAACAUUAUUUCAUUUUUUAUGUUUUCAUUUUUGGUGUUCAUUUGCACUGAUAUCUCAAAAAUAAAGUACUAAAAUGCAUGACCUUA